AAAGAGGAAGUCGUGCAGACACCUCGCGUGACUGGCGGACCGCGCGGAGAGCCGUACCUUGCCUAUGGUUCCUUCCGAAGGUGAUACCCGCUUCUCGUUCGAUCGCAAUGAAGGCAGCCAUCUUUCCGAAACUACUGCUUCUAAUGUGCCUCAGAGGAGCACAGAGCCAAGGCAAGGACCCCAACCUUGCGUUUGACUGCGCCAAAGGGGAACUGUUAAGCACCAGCACAACUCAUUCGUUGGGCACUGGUGCACCGGAUGCAGCUACGUUCACCAUCACAAUCACAGGCGCGGCCGCGCCCUACGACGUUACGCUUACUGGUAAAACUGCCACCGUCAAGUUUGUCGAGGCGUACGUGGGAGUUUACUUGGAAGGGAAGAUGUUCAUUCCUGGGACAACUGUAGCUGCAACUGCUCCCGUAAUGUCAGGGAAGUGCACCAGCGCAGCGAAGGAGUCCAACUUUGCAUAUGUCGUUUCGACAACAGAUCUGUCAGAAAUGAAAUUCAAGUUUACACCCUCCGCGGAUCUUGCAAAAGAUGCAGACAAGAAAGUCGUCGCAAGUGGAAUCGUGUGCCUGAAGGCCACGGGUACACCGGCGAAGACACCGUGUUCGGCGCCGAUUAUGUCUGCGGUGUUCACGGUCAAAAAACCAGCUGGCGGACCUGCACCAGUUGGUCCAGCUAACCCUGAAUCACCUCAAGCACCUCAACCACCUAAUGGUGCACCUGACGCGCCUCCAUCCGCACCCCAUGGCUCCAGCCCGAACUCAGCUUUGCGCAGGAAAGCAACUGACUCUCUUCCCACAGUAUUCAUGGUCCCAUCCCUUGUGACCUUGCUCAUCAUCAUCGCUCUCAAGCAAUUUCCAGUGUUUCCUUAUGCUUUCAUCACCAUGUACUGAAAAAAAAAGGCAUUUAAAUUAAAGUGUGCU